AUGGCAAUCCCGGGUUAUUAUGAAUUAUAUCGUAGAAGUACAAUUGGCAACAGUUUAGUAGACGCAUUAGAUACAUUAAUCAGUGAAGGUAGAAUCGAGGCGUCUUUAGCAAUGAGAGUCUUGGAAACUUUCGACAGAUGUGUAUCAGAGAUUUUAAAAGAGCAAACAUCGUCAAAAUUGACUGUUAAAGGUGAUUUGGAUACUUAUGGGUUCUGUGAUGAUGUUUGGACAUUUAUUGUCAAAAAUUGUUCGGUUAAUGUAGAAAAUGUUUCCAUUAAUAAUUUAUUAAAUAUCAAUAGUAACAUAGAGAAUGGCGAAAAUAUAGAUAAUAAUAACACUAAUAAUAGCAACAACAACAAUAAUAAUAAUAACAAUAAUAAUAUCAGCAAUAGCAAUACUAAUAACAACAACAGUAAUAGCGGUAGCGGUAGCAAUAAUAGUAAUAGCAACAGUAAGAAUAACGAUGUUAUUAAAGUGGAUAAAUUAAGGAUAGUAGCAUGUAAUUCAAGAAGAAGUGAAUAA